UUCGUUCAAGAACGAAUAAUGCAGUAUGCAAACUCCAAAAGGAUUGAGAAACUAAUCCUACAAAAGGAAGAUAAAGCUUACCUACUUCAAAAAAACAUCAAAACAACCAGAUCCAGCAACAAACUCAACCACAAGAAGUUAGAACCAUUCAAAAUCUUAUAA